AUGGAAACAAAUGAACAGGAUAGCCUUGAGGUGCUGAGAAGGAAGAAUGUGAUGCUUAUAAUUUCAGGCCUGGAGCUGACGCCAGUCGAGAUUCGUUUUCUUAACUUGGCAUACAAGCUUUUCAAGGGUGGACCACGGAGAGCGCCUGGUACGUAUGAGUGGGUUUGGAUCCCAAUUGUGGACCUAGACUCUGACUGGACAGAACAAAAGCAAAAGAUGUUUGAGAGCGUGAAAGAAAGAAUGAAUUGGUACUCAGUGUAUGACCAUUCAUGGAUAGGUAAGCCAGUCAUCACAUUCAUCCAGAGGGAAUGGAAAUACAAAAAUAGGCCAAUUAUUGUGGUUUUGGACCCACAAGGGGAGGUCACUUGCCUCAAUGCUCUCUAUAUGUUGACCAUUUGGGGAAGUUUAGCCUAUCCUUUCACAAGUUCUAGAGAAGAAGCUCUAUGGAAGGAAGAGACCUUGAAACUAAACUUGCUGAUCAGUGGCCUCGAAUUCACGGACUGGUCUCUUCGUGGAAAAUAUAUUUUCUUGUACGGAGGGGAUGACCCUGAUUGGAUACGAAGAUUUGUGGAGGAAGCUCGCAGAGUUGCAACGGCUGCAAACAUACCCUUAGAGAUGGUAUAUCUUGGAAAAGGCAACAGAGCGGAGAAAGUGGAGAAAAUCCGUUCGAUCAUAACUACUGAGAAGCUCCCCACUCAUUACUGGUCACUCUAUAAGAUCUGGCUCUUCUGGUUCCGAAUUCAGAACAUGCUCUUCUCCAAACUACAACUCAAGCAAAUUCACAACGACUAUGACAACGAUGACAACAAGAUACAUGAAAUCAAGAUGCUUCUAUGCAAUGAUGAUGAUGACAAAGUGAUGCAUGAAAUCAAGAAGCUUCUAAGCUUUGACAAACAAGGUGGAUGGUUUAUUCUGUCACACGUGAAUCGGAUUGAGGUCACUGGAAAUGCCACAACUGGGUUGCAAACCUUGGUUGAGUAUGACACCUUGUGGAAGGAACACGUAGAUAGAGAUGGAUUUGCCAAAGCUUUCAAGGAUCACUACGACAAGAUUCUUCCAAUUGUUAGUUCUUGCUGCAAGUUUCAGUUUUCUCCUAAAAUAGAGAGAAUCCAAGAGGCGCUCACAUGCCCCGAGUGUCGCAACAAUAUGCAUGUGCUAACCACCUUCCAAUGCUGCCAUGGUGAAAAAACUGCUGAUGACGAAUUUUUCUUCAGCACUGUUACUCCUCCUACCAAUUGA